AUGAAGCGAGGCGCGCACCAUACGUGCCGCCCCGCCUGCGGACACCUCCGUACUGAGAGAUUUAGGACCGUACCGGGGAGCUGGGCAAUCGGGGAGCUGUCUCGACUCUCGAGUCGAACGCAAGUCGAACUAGCUGUGUUCGGAUGCAUUCGCACGCAAACAGAUGAAUUUGGACGUCUGAGCAUCCCGGCAAGUGCCUCAAGGGUAAUAAAGAAAAAUAAGAAGUCUUCUUUUCUUCCUGAAACAUUGAAUAUGCUUGUAUCUGCAACACCAAAUCCAGAAGACGCGCACGCACUUAAAUCAGAAAGUGAGGAUGAGAUAAACUGA